AUGGCGGGGAAUUUCUUUGGGCAGUUGAGCCAGGAAGAAAUCGAGAAGAAGGCGAGGAAAUGGAGGACGUCCCAGAGGAAGAGGUUUAACGAGAAGAGGAGGACAGGAGGGGGAGCAGGGAUCGAUAUGGGCAAGGCGGAACUGCCGCCAGAGCACAUCAGGAAGAUCAUCAAGGACCACGGAGACAUGUCCAACCGGAAAUUCCGCAACGACAAGCGUGUCCACCUGGGUGCGCUCAAGUAUGUGCCUCACGCGGUCAUGAAGCUUCUCGAGAACAUACCGGCACCGUGGGAGGCCCUCAAGGAAGUCCCGGCACUUUACCAUAUCUCCGGCGCGAUCACCUUCGUCAACGAGGUCCCGAAGGUCAUUGAGCCUAUUUACCACGCUCAAUGGGCAUCGAUGUGGUUGGCCAUGAGGCGUGAGAAGCGUGACAGGAGGCACUUUAAACGCAUGCGGUUCCCGCCCUUUGACGAUGAGGAACCCCCGAUGGACUAUGGCGACAAUAUCCUCGACGUCGAACCCCUCGAAGCCAUCCAGCUUGAGCUGGACGACGAGGACGACGCGGACAUUAUCGACUGGUUCUACGACCCCAAGCCCCUCAUCGACACCCCACAAGUCAACGGCUCGUCCUACAAAUUCUUCCAACUCACCCUCCCCCAAAUGUCCAACCUGUACCGUAUCGGCCGACAACUCCUCUCGGACUAUUCGGACGGAAAUGCGUUCUACCUCUUUGAUCGCAAGGCGUUCUUUACCGCCAAGUCGCUCAAUAUCGCUUUGCCGGGCGGGCCGAAGUUUGAGCCGCUCUUCCGGGACACGGACACUUAUGACGAGGACUGGAACGAGUUCAACGACAUCAACAAGGUCGUUAUCCGCGGAAUAAUAAGAAGCGAAUAUAAGGUCGCUUUCCCCCAUCUUUACAACUCCCUCCCCCGCUCGGUCCACAUCGGUACCUACCACGAGCCCAAAAAUGUCUAUAUCAAAACCGAUGAUCCAGACCUCCCCGCCUUUUAUUAUGAUCCCCUGAUCAACCCAAUCUCCCAGCGCGUCGUACAAGAGGCGCACACCCCGCUCGUCAGCCACGAGGACGAGGUUUUUGGGUACGGCGUCGAGGAGGACGAGGACUUUGAGCUGCCAGAGGAGGUGCAGCCCUUCUUGGCCGACAAGGAGCUGGAGAAUGAGCACACGGCGGAUGCGAUCGCGCUCUACUGGGCGCCGUACCCGUACAACCGGCGAGCGGGGAAGACGAGGCGGGCCCAGGACGUGCCGAUGAUCAAGAACUUUUAUUUGGAGCAUUGCCCGCCUAACCAGGCGGUCAAGAUUAGGGUGUCGUACCAGAAGCUGUUGAAAACCUACGUCCUCAACGCCAUCCACGCCCGGACCCCUAAAGCCCAGGCCAAGCGAAACCUCUUCCGUUCCCUCAAGAACACCAAGUUCUUCCAGCAAACGACCCUCGACUGGGUUGAAGCCGGUCUCCAGGUCUGCCGACAGGGAUACAACAUGCUCAACCUCCUCAUCCACCGAAAGAACCUCAAUUACCUUCAUCUCGACUACAACAUGAACUUGAAGCCGAUCAAAACGCUCACAACCAAAGAGCGGAAGAAGUCGCGUUUCGGAAAUGCGUUCCAUCUGUGUCGAGAAAUCCUCCGGUUGACGAAAUUGAUCGUGGAUGCCCAUGUCCAGUUCAGGUUGGGUAACGUGGACGCAUUUCAGCUCGCAGACGGGCUCCAGUAUACGCACGUCGGCCAAUUGACCGGAAUGUACCGAUACAAAUACAAGCUCAUGAAGCAAAUCCGAAUGACCAAGGACCUCAAGCACCUCAUCUACUCGCGCUUCAACACCGGUCCCGUCGGUAAGGGACCCGGAGUCGGAUUCUGGGCGCCCGGAUGGCGUGUCUGGCUCUUCUUUAUGCGGGGGAUGGUGCCCUUGCUGGAGAGGUGGUUGGGGAAUCUAUUGGCCCGGCAAUUCGAGGGUCGAAAUUCGAAAGUUAUUGCGAUGACUGUUACGAAGCAGAGGGUGGAGAGUCACUUUGAUCUGGAAUUGAGGGCGGCGGUGAUGCACGAUCUGUUGGAUAUGAUGCCUGAGUCGAUCAAGGCGAACAAGGCGAAGACUAUCCUACAACAUCUGUCCGAGGCUUGGCGAUGCUGGAAGGCCAACAUCCCUUGGCGUGUGCCCGGGAUGCCGGCUCCCAUCGAGAACGUCAUUCUCCGAUAUGUCAAGAGCAAGGCGGAUUGGUGGACCUCUAUCAGUCACUUCAACCGAGAGCGUAUUAGGCGCGGUGCCACCGUCGACAAGGCGGUCGUCCGGAAGAACCUCGGUCGUCUUACCCGUCUCUACCUCAAGGCGGAGCAAGAGAGGCAGAACGGGUACUUGAAGGACGGACCCUAUAUCAGCUCGGAGGAGGCCGUCGCCAUCUACACCUCUACCGUUCACUGGCUCGAGUCCCGGAAAUUCUCCCCCAUCCCCUUCCCUCCCCUCUCGUACAAGCACGACACAAAGCUCCUCGUGCUCGCCCUCGAGAAGCUCAAGGAGGCCUACUCGGUACACGGACGUCUCAACCAGUCUCAGCGGGAAGAGCUCGCCCUCAUCGAGCAGGCUUACGAUAACCCACACGAGUGUCUCUCCCGGAUCAAGCGGCUCCUCCUCACCCAGCGGGCAUUCAAGGAGGCCGGCAUCGAGUUUUUCGACACGUACGACAAGCUCAUCCCGUGUUACGAUAUCGAGCCCGUCGAGAAGAUUACGGACGCGUAUCUCGACCAGUUCCUCCACUUUGAGUCCGACAAGCGGGGCUUGUUCCCCUCGUGGGUCAAGCCGGCGGAUACCGAGCCCCCGCCUCUGCUUGUCUACAAGUGGUGCCAGGGUAUCAACAAUCUCACGGAUGUCUGGGAGACGUCCGAGGGGGAGUGCCUGGUCAUGAUGGAGACGGUCUUGUCGAGGGUGUACGAGAAGGUCGACUUGACGCUGCUCAACCGGCUGUUGAGGUUGAUCAUGGACCACAACUUGGCGGACUACUGUACCAGUCGCAACAACGUGACUCUUACGUUCAAGGACAUGUCGCACAUCAACGCCUAUGGUAUGAUCCGCGGUCUUCAAUUCUCCUCCUUUAUCUUCCAGUACUACGGUCUCGUCCUCGACCUGCUCAUCCUCGGUCUGCAGCGCGCAUCCGAGAUGGCCGGUCCGCCUCAGAUGCCCAACGGGUUCUUGCAGUACCGCGACCAAGCUACCGAGACUCGCCAUCCGAUCCGGUUUUACUCGCGAUACGUCGACCGCCUGCACAUUCUGUUCAAAUUCUCGGCGGAGGAGUCGAGGGAUCUUAUCCAAAGAUACCUCUCUGCCAACCCCGAUCCGAACAACGAGAACAUGCUCGGCUACAACAACAAGCGCUGCUGGCCCCGAGACUGCCGGAUGCGACUCAACAAGCACGACGUCAACCUCGGUCGCGCCGUCUUUUGGAACAUCCGCAACUCGCUCCCACGCUCGCUCACCACGAUCGAGUGGGACGACACCUUCUGCUCCGUCUACUCCAAGGACAACCCGCAGCUCCUCUUCUCGAUGUGCAGCUUCGAGGUCCGGAUCCUGCCCCGUGUGCGCACGCAGCAGGGGGAGCAAUACUCGCUCAAGGACGGUGUGUGGAACCUUACCCAGGAGUCGACCAAGGAGCGGACGGCCCAGGCGUUCUUGCGCGUCUCGGAUCAGGGUAUCCAGGACUUCAACAACCGGAUCAGACAGGUGUUGAUGUCGUCUGGGUCGGCGACCUUCUCCAAGAUCAUCAACAAGUGGAACACUGCUCUGAUUGGUCUGGUCACCUACUACCGAGAGGCUGUCAUCGGAACCAACGAACUGCUAGACUCCCUGGUCAAGGCCGAAAACAAGGUCCAGACCCGAGUCAAGAUCGGUCUCAACUCCAAGAUGCCCUCCCGUUUCCCCCCUGCCGUCUUCUACUCGCCCAAGGAACUCGGCGGUCUCGGCAUGUUAUCGAUGGGUUUCGUCCUCAUCCCGCAGUCUGAUCUCCGAUGGUCCAAGCAGACCGAUAGCGGCGGUAUCACCCACUUCCGGUCCGGUAUGACGCACGAGGAGGACCAGCUCAUCCCGAACUUGUACCGAUACCUCCAGCCGUGGGAGGCAGAGUUCCUCGACUCGGCCCGAGUCUGGUCAGAGUACGCUAUGAAGCGCAAGGAGGCGACGGCGAGUAAUAGGCGGUUGACGCUGGAGGAUCUGGAAGAUAGUUGGGAUCGCGGAAUUCCGCGAAUCAACACUUUGUUCCAGAAAGACAGGCACACCCUGGCUUACGACAAGGGAUGGAGAUUGAGGACGCACUGGCAGCAGUACCACCGUCUUCGCGCCAACCCGUUCUGGUGGACGAACCAGCGACACGACGGUAAACUCUGGCAGCUCAAUGCCUACCGAGUCGACGUCAUCGCCGCCCUCGGAGGUGUGGAGGGUAUUUUGGAGCACUCCUUGUUCAAGGGGACCGCCUUCCCCACCUGGGAGGGUCUGUUCUGGGAGAAGUCCAGUGGUUUCGAAGAGUCGAUGAAGUACAAGAAACUUACCAACGCCCAGCGGUCCGGUCUGUCCCAAAUCCCGAACCGUCGGUUCACGCUCUGGUGGUCUCCUACUAUCAACCGAGCCAAUGUCUACAUUGGUUUCCAAGUCCAGCUCGACUUGACGGGUGUCUUCAUGCACGGCAAGAUCCCCACCCUCAAGAUCAGUUUGAUCCAGAUCUUCCGAGCGCAUUUGUGGCAGAAGAUCCACGAGUCGGUGGUUAUGGACUUGUGUCAGGUGUUCGACCAGGAACUCGAGGCACUCCAAAUCGAAACCGUCCAAAAGGAAACGAUCCACCCGCGUAAAUCCUAUAAGAUGAACUCGUCGGCGUCUGACAUCCUCCUCUUCUCGAGCUACAAGUGGCAGAUCUCCCGCCCUUCGCUCUUGAACGACAACAAGGACAUUAUCGACGGAUCGGUCACCAGCUCCAAGUACUGGCUCGAUAUCCAGCUCCGAUGGGGAGACUUUGAUUCGCACGAUAUCGAGCGGUACGCGCGUGCCAAGUACCUCGACUACUCGUCCGACUCGCAGUCCAUCUACCCCUCCCCCACCGGUGUCCUCAUCGCCAUUGACCUCGCCUACAACCUGUACGCGGGUUACGGUGUCUACUACCCUGGUAUGAAGCCUCUGCUCCAGCAGGCAAUGGGCAAGAUCAUGAAGGCCAACCCGGCCCUCUACGUCCUUCGCGAGCGUAUCAGGAAAGGUCUCCAGCUCUACUCGUCCGAGCCUACCGAGCCGUACCUCAACUCGUCCAACUACUCGGAGCUCUUCUCGAACCAGAUCAUCUGGUUCGUGGACGAUACCAACGUCUACCGUGUCACCAUCCACAAGACGUUCGAGGGAAACUUGACCACCAAGCCCAUCAACGGUGCCAUCUUCAUCUUCAACCCACGGACGGGUCAGCUCUUCCUCAAGAUCAUCCACACCUCGGUGUGGGCGGGUCAGAAGCGGUUGGGUCAGCUCGCCAAGUGGAAGACGGCUGAGGAGGUCGCGGCGCUCAUUCGGUCCUUGCCGGUCGAGGAGCAGCCCAAGCAGAUCAUCGUUACCCGAAAGGGAAUGCUGGACCCGCUCGAGGUGCAUCUCCUCGAUUUCCCCAACAUCGUCAUCAAGGGAAGCGAGCUGCAGUUGCCGUUCCAGGCGACGCUCAAGAUUGAGAAGUUUGGUGAUUUGAUCUUGCGCGCAACCCAGCCCCAGAUGGUCCUCUUUGGUCUGUACGAUGACUGGCUCAAGUCCAUCUCGUCCUACACUGCCUUCUCGCGUCUCAUCCUCAUCCUGCGCGCGCUUCACGUCAACAACGAAAAGGCCAAGAUUAUCCUUCGGCCGGACCGCACAACCAUCACCGAGAGCUACCAUAUUUGGCCGACGCUCGAGGAUGCGCAAUGGAUGGCUGUCGAAGUCGCCCUCAAGGACUUGAUCCUGAACGACUUUGGGAAGCGGAACUCGGUCAAUGUCGCCUCGCUUACCGCGUCGGAGAUCAGGGAUAUCAUCCUUGGUAUGGAGAUUGCCGCUCCGUCUGUCCAGAGGCAGCAGAUGGCGGAUAUUGAGAAGUCUACGGAUGCUGGGAACCAGGUCACUGCCCUGCAGACCAAGACUACCAACAUCCACGGAGACCAGCUCGUCGUCACCACCACGACCAACUAUGAGCAACAGACCUUCGCGUCCAAGUCUGACUGGCGAGUCCGUGCCAUCAGCGCGACCAACUUGCCGCUCCGAGUCAACCACAUUUUCGUCGGCAACGACGACGUCAAGGAUGACGCCUCGUCAUUCACCUACGUCGUCCCCAAGAACAUCCUCCGGACAUUCAUCGUCAACGCCGACCUCCGCACUCAGGUCGUUGCGUACCUGUACGGUUCCUCGCCCGCCGACAACCGUCAGGUCAAGGAGAUCAAGGCGAUCGUCUGGGUUCCUCAAAGGGGUACCAACAAUGGAGUCGAGCUUCCGGCCGCGCUGCCAAAGCACGACUUCCUGCUCAAAGACCUGGAGCCUCUCGGAUGGAUCAAAACCCAAAGCCAAGAGCUCAACCACCUCUCUCCGGCGGACGUCACGACCCAAGCCAAGGUCAUGGCCUCGCACCCCGAAUGGGGACCGCAGUCCAUCUGCAUCACCUGCGCCUUCACGCCCGGUUCCGUCUCCCUCACGUCCUGGGAACUUACCGUCGCCGGCUUCGAAUGGGGACGCAAAAACACGGACGUCACGGGCGCGCAUACCGGCUAUAAUCCCAAUAUGGCCAACAGGGUGCAGCUGCUGCUCUCGGAUAGGAUCUUGGGGAUGACGAUGGUGCCUGAAGGAGGCGUGUGGAACUACGGGAUCGGUCUGACUCAGAGUUGGACAGAGAAGAUCCCGUAUACCAUGACGCUGGACAAGCCAGAGUCGUUCUGGGCGGCGUGUCAUCGACCGAAUGCGUUCCUGAACUUUGCGGCGAUGGAGGGAGACGACGCGGCGGAUGUGGAGAACAGUCUGGAGUAA